AUCAAUUUAAACAGCAAAAAGAAAAAAAGCCAAUAAUAACAAUAACUCGACACAUCUCUUGAUAAUAUUUUUUAUUUGUAAAAUGCAAUUUACGUGUUUUCUGUAUCUAAUGAGUUGCUUUUUUGCACUUGUGUGCGCCUGUGAAAAAAACGAUAUAGAAGUGAUAGUUAAAGGCAAAGAAGUCGAGAUUACCGUACACGAUGAUCCCGAACUCAAAACAUUUUUCUUUUCAACUGACAUUGGCGAGGAGUGCACUCCAGACUAUACAUUUGUCCAUAAACAUGACGCGAAUGGUACAUUUGUUUAUAAGAUAGAUACAAACAAAGAACUCCAGAAGGACGAUACGCUACGAAUAUUCGGGAUUUUUGAAACUAAAGAUAAAAUAAUAUCGAAUACAUACGAUUUAAUCAUUGAUGAGUCUGGGAGAGGAGUCAAGCAAGACCUUCCACAAAGAUCCGAUUGCGUCAAAUCUGAGACGAUAGUGAAUUUCGAAGAGCAACCCUGCAGUCAAGUUCUUAUAUUUAAGGAAGAUUUUGAUGAUCAGAGUCUUUCCGGUUGGACCUAUGAAAUACGCUCACGAGUCUUAGACCCAGUACCCGAUCAGGAAUUUGUGGCUUAUAUGAAGAAUACUAACCUAAAUAAUGGUCUUCUGCAUUUAUAUGCAAAUUGGGUUAAUGAUACUCAUUUUAAAAUUGCUGAAGGUUGCACAAGCAAACAUAAUGGGGACAUAAAUAAAGUAAUGCGUCAAUGUGGACCACUAAAACUAAAGGGAGGUGUAUCAAUACCUCCUGUGCAUUCAGCAAAACUGCAUAGCUCUUUUACCUUUAAAUAUGGACGGGUGGAAAUAAGAGCUAGGAUGCCCAUCGGCGACUGGCUAUUUCCCUAUCUACUCCUGCAGCCUGCGAACACUCACAGUGAAGAUAAUUACGUCAAUCAUUUGCGCAUCGCCUAUGCACGAGGCAACAAAAAGUUACAAGAUCAAAAUUCCCUGCCAAUCGGUGGAAAUGUGCUUUUUGGAAGUGCUGUCAUUUGGUCCCAAGAAGGAGCCAGGGAGCAUAUGACCAUCAAACGAAAUUUGUUCGAUAGGCAAUUUGGCGAUAUGUUUCACAUUUAUACUUUAAUUUGGCACAAGGACCGAAUUAUUUUUAAGGUGGACGGAUUAAAGUACGGAACAAUAACGCAUCCCGAUGUGCUUCGGACGUUCGACUUAAACGAGUGUUUUUUAGUGUUGGGUCUGACUGCAGGUGGAGGUCUCAACUUCCCACAUGAUUACUUGAUGCCAGAGCAGGUAACAUUCAUGAAUGGAGCAGUAAAGGCUACGGAACUUUUUACUGAACAAGCGGUUAGGGAAUCCUGGAAACAGCCCAAUCUGGUUAUUGACUAUGUACACGUUUACACAACUCAUGUAAAUGAAGAAUAACUAGGAAGUAUACUUAUACGAUGCAUUCCAUAUAUUAGGCAAUAAAGAAAGGCUUAAUAGAAACCAA